AAUAAAUGUAAGUAGAACCUUAUUUAAAUACAAUAGUGAAAAUAGCAGAUAAUAGGAUUCUAACGAAUGCAAAACUGAAUAGAAGAAAGCAGUAGAACAUUUUAUAUGAUAAUGAUGGAUUGACAAUGAGAUAUUAACCAAACUAAGAAGUUCAUGAACUUGCUUGUAUUUAAACAGAUUAAGCUAUCACUUCAUCAUUUUAUUACUUUGAGGUAAAAAUCCUAAAAUUACCAGAAAAGGAUAAUGUGAAGAAGUAAUAAUAGAAAUUAAUAAAAUAUUAGAUUUUUAUCGAUAGGAUUGGCAUAUGAUAAUUAUCCUUCAAAUAAACCUUUAGGUAUAAUAGGUGCAAGUAUAGGAUAUUAGUGGGAUGGGAUAGUAAAAUUAAAAAAAUAAGAAAUUGAUUUAAAAUUGAAUCCAUAUAAAUAAGAGGAUAUUAUAGGAUGUGGAAUUUAUAAAUAGGAAAUAUUCUUUACAUUUAAUGGAAUUCGAAGUUUAAACACAGCUAAAAUUGAUUUUAAAGAAGCUUUGUAUCCAACUGUUGUUUGUGGAGAUGGAGUGAAUUUAAAAUUUAAUUUAGGAGCUACUCCUAUGAUUUAUGAUUAUUAGAAAAUAUUGUAAAAGGAAAAGAAUGAAAUAAUAUAGGAAAUUGAUAAAUAAGAUGUUUCUCCAUAUAGUCUUCAUUUAAUUAUAUAAGAAUAUUUAUGGAGUUAAGGAUAUUUGAAUUCAUUGAAAUAAUUUGAAAGAGAAAGUUCUCUUUAAGAAAAUGAGAAUAUGAGAUUAGAAAAAAAAUAAGAUGAAAUGAUUUAUGAAGACGAGUAAUAAUGUGAUGGUGAUUUUAAACGAAAAUAGAGUCUUUAGAUGACUCCUAUGUCUGCUUUAUAAAGAAAGUUAAGCGGAUUAUAGAGUCCAAAUUUCCAAUAAAUUUCAUCUAUUGAGAGAAAAGUAAGUGGAUUUUAUUUGGAUGAAUAAGAAAACAAUAAUGAACUUAAUUAAAUAGCUGAAUAGGCAUUCUUAAAAGAUUAAUUAGUUAAUUAGGAAAGAAUAAGUAAGUGUCUUAUUAAAAUUAAGAAAUUUAAAUAUUAAUAAGAGAAGGAAAGAUAGGUGAAGUAAUUGAUAUACUAUAAGAUAUGAUGCCAGGAUUCUUGAAAAAAGAUGGAAUCUAAUAAACACUUUAUUCCUAAUAUUUUAUUGAAUUAAGUAUUAAUAUUAAUUAUAAGUUUAGUGAAAAAAGAUAAAACCUAAGAAGCUAUAGUAUUAGGUUAAAUUCAUUUAAGUUAGCAUUUGAAUUUUUAAGUAGAAUGUGUUGAUGAAAAGUUAAAUCCUAUUAAAAUGAAGAUUGAAAAUAUUUUAGGAUUGAUAUGUUAUGAUGACAUUUCAACUAGUGCUUUGAGAGGUCUUAUCAGUUAAUAAUAAAGAGAAAGGAUUUGUGAUUACAUUAAUAAAAGUUUAUUAAGUAAUUUUCAAAUUAUAUUAUUAUAGUUGAAUUAGGAUAUGAGGAUGAAUCAGCUUUAGAAAUAUGUUUUAAAUAAUUAAUUUAGGUUUGUGAUUAAAUUUAAUAAAGAGGAUUACUAGGAGGACAUUCUGUUCAGUUUUUAUGA